AUGUCUGCACCCGCUGCCCUGCCAACCUACGAGGAGGCUACAGGGGGCGCUAAAUGUGGCUCCCCGUCACCGCUAGCGCCAACGCAGCCCAGCUGGGCCUACGUGGACACAAGCGGCCGACCCAGUUAUGGGGAGAAGGAGAUCCUCACUGUCUUCACCUGGGAUGACAGGAACGUGCGGAGAAUCUUUAUCAGAAAGGUCUACGCCAUUCUGAUGAUCCAACUCUUCAUCACAGUCGCCAUCAUCGCUCUAUUCACCUUCUGUGACCCGAUCAAGGUGUACAUUCAGGCGAAUCCCGGCUUGUACAUGGCCUCAUACGCUGUCUUCUUUGUCACCUACCUGACCCUCGUCUGCUGCUCGCAACUCAGGAGAUAUUUUCCAUGGAACCUGAUCCUCCUCACCAUCUUCACGGCCAGCCUCGCGUGCACGCUCGGAUUCAUAUCCAGUUAUUACAACACCAAGUCUGUUCUGCUCUGUUUGGCUAUCACCGCACUGGUGUGUUUCGCUGUUAUGAUCUUCAGUUUCCAGACGAAGUUUGACUUCACCUCCUGCCACGGGGUUAUGUUUAUGCUGCUCAUUGUUCUGUGCAUCAGCAGCGUUGUCCUGGCUGUCGUGCUCCCCUUCGGAUAUAUUCCCUGGCUGCACGCCGUUUACGCCGUGAUGGGCGCCAUUGUUUUCACGACGUUUCUGGCAGUCGACACCCAGCUCCUGAUCGGGAACCGCCGCUUUGCCAUCAGCCCGGAGGAGUACCUGUUUGGAGCCCUUAACGUCUACCUGGACAUCGUUUACAUCUUCUCCUUCAUGCUGCAGAUUUUUGGGUCCAACGGUGAUUAGCUCCCGGUUCCCCUCCUCCCCCCUCCCACCAUCUGACCUGCCGGCCCCAGGUAAACGUGUAAAACAACAACAACUUGCAUUUACAUCGCGCCCCCC